AUGUCCUCUUCUUGCAGGCAGCUCCACUCGCCCACAAACCUCCUCCUCCUCUCUCUGGCGGUCUCAGACUUCAUCAUGGGUUUCCUGGUGAUGCCGGUUGAAAUCCUCAUGAUGUGGACCUGCUGGGUCCUGGGUGACCUUUUGUGCGCUCUGUACUACUUCCUCCCUGUCACUCUGCUGAAUUCCUCUGUAGGAAACAUGGUGCUCAUAUCAGUCGACCGCUAUGUGGCUAUUUCCUUUCUCCUUUUACACAAUAACCUGGAACCACCAGGCAGGUAUAAUUCCUGUCACGGGGAGUGUAUCAUGAACAUUAUAGCAGCAGAUAUGGACCUUGUUGUCUCCUUUAUUAUUCCCAUUAUAGUCAUCCUAGGUCUGUAUAUGAGAGUGUUUGUGGUGGCGGUGUCUCAGGCUCGUGCCAUGCGCUCUCAUGUUGCAGCCGUUAAACUCCAGCCUUCAGGGACUGUAAUGACAAUGAAGUCUGAACUGAAAGCAGCUGGUACUCUAGGUGUUGUUAUCAUUGUGUUUCUGCUUUGCUAUUGUCCAUUUUAUGGUCUCUGUCUGACAGGAAGUAACAUCUUGAUUGGUUCUGUACUUGAAUCGUAUAUGAGCUUUCUGAAGUUUUGUAACUCUGGUCUGGACCCUUUGAUCUAUGCCUUGUUCUACCCCUGGUUUAGAAAAGCUGUGAAACACAUCUUCACUCUUCAGAUACUGCAGCCUGGCUCCCGUGACACCAACAUGCUGUAG